AUGAAUUUUGUACCUUUCAAUACGUCUGCCGACUUGAAACUCAGUACAUGUAGUGUAACAAUCCGGCAACGUAGCAACUUCACACACGUGCUAGUGGUUCAGGCCGUCAUGUGUGGCAAAGGUGGAAUGAGCCGAAAAGCUGUAGUGAACAAUUUUCUAACCACGCGUCCUUGUCUCCGAGAUGAUCAAAAUCAGUUUAAGUAUUAG